AUGGAUCAUCUUGGUCUGACCAUUGCGGCCUUUGCCGUCUCGGUGCUAUCAGCCCUUCCCGCCGCCACGGCACUCAUCGUCCAGUUGCGGGAGGGAAAGCCUCGCAAUCGGUUCUACGAAGAUGCUGAUGGAACCGCUACCCCAGAGGCAUUGGCUCGCUUCUCUAAUCGGGGGGUUAAAGCUGCCAUCGUCUUCUUCUCCCUUUGUGGUGUUGGCUCUUCGACUGCCAUUUUGGUGCGCUCGUCCUUCAUUGAGCAGGGCAAUCAAUGGCUUCUUGAAUAUGGCUUCGUUAUUGGUGCUUGGGCUUCCAUCUUCUUACAUGGCGUCUGUAUCGCCGCUCAUCAUUCCUCCGUCAAAUCUCAUAUACUGGGGAUAUGGCUCUGGGUGUCAGCUUUGUCAUUGAUGGCCUCCUCAAUCGCAAGAUUGAUGCAGUUAUCGCCCAAACCCCACGGCCAUGUAAAUCCGCUGGCAAUGCUAGACGCGGUGAACAUCGUCGCUUCAUGUGUUGUGUGUCUUCUCAGUGUUAUGCUUCCAAGGAGGCCCGACGUGCUGCAUAAUGGCUGCAAAGUCGACAGACAGUCUACUGUGUCUUUUAUUAGCAAAUAUAGCUGGUCCUGGGUUGAGCCGCUCUUGCGCCUUGCCAUCGCCAAGGGUGAUCUUGACUAUGCAGACGUACCAGGACCCAAUCAUAGCUUGAGAGCUUCAGAGCUUCAGAAUAGUUGGAUUCGCUUUGGAUUCCAGUCCACCUCUCUCUUUGAAUCAAUUAUCUGGGCACACAAGGGGAAGAUCGCCUUGCUAUGGACAAUUUCGAGUCUCAAGGGCGCGAUGAGCAUUCUGCCGUAUUGGUCUAUGCUCAGCAUCAUCACCCUUCUGGAGAGCGACGAGAAUAGAAGCUCGUAUAUUAUUAGGUUGCUACUUCUGGUAGGCAUCAUGACAUUCACCAACCUUCUCGAUGCGUGGAUGGACGGCUGGGCAUACUGGUACUCAGUUGCCGACCUCUCCUUGCCCAUUAGGUCCCAGAUGGCAAGUCUCGUUUUCGACAAGUCAUUGCGCCGUAAAGAUGUCAAGACAGCUACCAAAGAGGCAGAAGAUAGGAGCGAGCGUGAGAGCAAGCCUCAAGCCGAGGAAACUGACGCGACGGACAAAGAAACUGUUCUCAAAUCUCGUCAGGCCAUUGUGAACCUUGUGGGCGUCGACCUAAAUCGCAUAUCACAGUUUCUACAGUUUCACUUUCUAAUCAUCAACGGGGUGGUCAAGCUCGCAUUGUUCUCCGUGUUUCUUGUCCGUCUCAUAGGCUGGAUACCGUUCAUCGCUGGAAUGCUGGCCUGGCUGCUGACGUUACCUGCUAAUGCCUGGUUCUCCAAGAAGGUCCUUGAGGAGUCUGAUUCGCUCAUGAAGCUUCGCGACAGGAAGCUUUCCAAAGUCAGCGAGGCGCUCCUGGGGAUGCGCCAGAUUAAGUUCUCCGCGUUGGAAGCCGAGUGGGAGCAGAGAAUAUCUGCUGCCAGGCAAGCAGAACUCCGGGCACUGUGGAGGUAUUUCCUCGCCGACAGCGCCGUGUUCGGUUGCUGGGCUGUCAGUCCCAUCUUACUGGCUGCAACCUGCCUCACGGUUUACGUCUUCAUCAACGGCCGAUUGACCCCUUCGGUGGCUUUCGUCAGCAUUGGAGUUUUCAACAGCCUCGAGAUAACCCUCGUCGCCCUCCCUGAGCUCAUCACUCUGGGUAUUGAGUCCUUCGUCUCCGCAAAACGGCUUGGAGCAUAUCUCAAUGGACCUGAAAGACGGGAUAUCUUGACCAACAGCCACACUGUAGGCUUUGAACGAGCUAUGAUUUCAUGGCCAACCGAGCAACGCAUAACUUCAGAGGAUCGCUUCACUCUUUCUGAACUCAACCUGUCGUUCCUUACGGGCGAGCUCUCCAUCAUUUCUGGCAAGACAGGCUCUGGGAAAAGUCUGCUCAUCUCUGCCUUGAUCGGAGAGGCAGACCUCAUUGAAGGGUUCAUUAACGUUCCGAAAAGGCCAGGUACGGCCUGUGAGGAAGAUGAGUAUCACCAAUAUGAUAGCUGGGUUAUUCCUGGGUCUGUAGCAUACAUUGGCCAGAACCCAUGGCUUGAAAAUGGUUCUCUCCGCGACAAUGUCCUUUUUGGUCUUCCUUUCCUCAAGAGCAGAUAUGACGCUGUGAUCGUAGCAUGUGCUUUGCGCGAUGACCUGACCAUUCUGCCAGAUGGCGAUAGCACCGAGCUUGGUGCCAAUGGAGUCAACCUCAGUGGUGGGCAAAAGUGGCGCGUAACACUCGCUCGUGCUAUUUACUCAAGGGCAGACAUCUUGAUUAUGGAUGAUGUCUUUUCUGCCGUCGAUACCCAUGUUGGUCGUUGGAUCCUCGACAAAUGCCUAACUGGGCCUCUCUGCCAAAGCCGAACUCGCAUACUGGUCACCCACGCCUCUGGACUAGUUCUCUCUGCAGCGAGCUAUAUUGUUGAACUUUCAGACGGCAGAGUUAAGUAUGCAGGACCUCCUCAUGAGCCACUUAUAUCAAGUGCUUCGUCAUCGGAUAGUGAGGAUAGCUAUAGUCCCAGUGCUACUGUUAUAGGAGAAGGUUCUGUUCUUGGCAACUUGGAGGAUGAACCGGCAACACCUUCUCCUUCAAUCCCUCCAGAAGACUCAAAGAAGUUCUUCCAGGAGGAAGUUCGCGAGAAGGGAACAGUGAAGUCGCGUAUUUACUUGACAUACCUCAAGAGCUGUGGUGGGAUGAUCAUGUGGUUUGUAUGGGCUGGCGUGUUCUUUUCACAUGAGAUCAGUAUUGUCGCUCGUGGAUGGUGGCUUCGUAUUUGGACGGCUGCUACAUCAAGCCAGACGAUCCAUCAAAAUGGUAACAUUCUCGGCGCCCUCGACUUCAUGCAACAGCAAACGAGCCCUCAAAGACUAAGUGAGCUUGCUGUUGAUGACAAAGUGUCGUAUUAUCUCUCCAUUUAUUUAUCGAUAUCUGUUGCCGCUUCAAUUCUCGCUCUGCUUCGAUUUUUCCUAGCGUAUGCCAUUGCGAUCAAGGGCAGCAAGGCCAUCUUCGACAGAAUGCUUUUCAGGGUGUUGCGUGCUCCUCUGCGAUGGCUCGACACCGUUCCAAUAGGAAGGGUGAUCAACCGUUUCACGGCUGAUAUGCAUACCAUCGACGAGCGCCUCAUGAUGAGCUGGGGUUUGUUCUAUAUGAGCGCCCUCCGACUGAUCGGUGUCUGCGUGGCUACUCUCUUUGCCUCUAGAAGUCUCAUCCUCCCGGCCUUGGUUCUGGUAGGAAUCGGCGCCAUAACUGGAGGGAGAUAUUUGACUGCCAGUCGACCUCUCAAACGGCUUGAGAGUAACGCCAAGUCGCCCGUAUUCGAACUCUUCAACACCACCCUUACAGGAAUUUCCACCAUCAGGGCUUUCCAACGCAGCCAGAGCUAUCUAACCCAGAUGCAGAACAACCUCGACAAAUGGGUCAUGACCUCAUUCUACCUCGCCCUUGCUAACAGAUGGAUGAGUUUCCGCAUGGCCCUAAUUGCCGCCGUUUUCUGCAUUGCUGUUGGGCUAGUGAUUGUCUUCAACCACUCCAUUGACGCAGCACUCGCAGGCUUCGCGCUGUCCUUCAUUCUGGACUUUUCAGAAAGCAUCCGAUACGCGAUUCGAUACUAUGGCGAUAUGGAACUUGACAUGAACGCAAUGGAGCGAGCUACCGAGUACAUGGAGCUGGACACUGAAGACCUCAGCGGCUACGAACCUCCAGCCGCGUGGCCACGGUCCGGUAACAUGGAGUUUUCCGGCUUAGAAGUGGCCUAUGCCGCUGACCUACCCAGCGUUCUAAGCAACUUGACGUUCUCUGUUGCCCACAAUGAGCGUGUAGGUGUCGUUGGGAGAACGGGAGCUGGCAAAUCAUCCCUGACCUUGGCGCUAUUCCGGUUCUUGGACACACGAGCGGGGAGCAUUAUCGUGGACGGCUUGGAUAUCUCCAAGAUUGCAGUUCAAACGUUGAGAUCAAGGCUUUCCAUCAUCCCUCAGGACCCUGUCCUAUUCUCAGGGACCGUUCGGUCAAACCUGGAUCCAUUUGGCCACCACACUGAUGAGGCGCUGUUUGAUGCUCUCAUCAAAGUACAACUCGUAGAUAGCGACUUGAUUGAAUACGGAGCCUCAAUUGCAUCCGCCUAUAAGAACGUAAAUAUCUUCCACGACCUGUCCAGCCCCAUCUCUGAAUCUGGCGGGAACCUCUCCCAGGGCCAGAGACAGCUUCUCUGCAUCGCCCGGGCCAUCGUCAACCGCCCCAAAAUCAUCGUGCUUGACGAGGCCACUUCGGCUGUGGAUGCGGCCACCGACACUCUCAUCCAGCAGAGCAUCCGUCAGGGAUUCGGCGAUAGCACACUCCUUGUUAUCGCUCACCGUCUGGGUACGGUCGCGGACUUUGACAAAAUUCUGGUUCUUGACAAGGGACGUAUGGCAGAAUUUGGCACUCCGCGAGAGUUGUGGGAAAAGGAGGGUAUCUUCCGUGGCAUGUGCGAGAACACAAGUGUAGGAGAAAAGGAAAAGCUUAAAGCAAGUAUUUUCUCCUAA